AUGACCGGUGUAGAAGGUGAGAAAAAAUAUUUGAAAAAUGACAAACUUAUUGACAUCUUGAAGCUUAAUGUUGCUGUUCUUAGAGAGAUAGUAAACUUGAUCAAAGGUUUUGUGGCAACGGGUACCAAUAUAUUACAGAACAUUAUGUAUGGUACCAGACUCUUGAUAAAUUUAGAUGUUCCUAAGGCUGUGAUAUUUCAAAAAAGCAAAUCGGUGUAUGUUGCUGAACAUGAAGUUUUAUAUUCCGCUGAGAGGAAAACAAUAAAGGAGUUACGUGCGGUUGCGGAUAUUGGAUUCUAUGUUGUUCUGACUACUGUUCUUGAUGUUGAACCCGUUCUAAAUUGGUGGUAUAAAUCCUGUGGUUGUAGCGUGAAAGUAGAAGCUAAUGCGGAUACAUACUUCUACGAUGGCUGUAAUAAGGACGUGAAUAAUGUGGUUGACAAGUAUAAGUAUAAGUUGAAUUUGUUGAUUUUUUAUGGUAAUACUACAACAACUUUUGUUGUGUUUGAUAAGGAGGCCACAGCUCUAUUCGGAUGGACCUGUACUGAGAUGGAAAAAGGAGAAGCAAGCAAAGAUCCUACUGGUUUUAAGGAGCUUUUUUUGGAUAAGGAGUUUCUAUUCAAGGUCAAAGUAGAAACUAUUGGAUGGUGCGAUUCUUAUGAUGUAUCAAUGAUAAGUUUUGAUUCUACCAUUUUAGCGAGGUGGAGGGACACUCAAGGCCCGGGCGGCAUUUAUUGUGUCACGGCUACUGGUUUAGAAGUGAUUGACCAGGGUGACUGGUGGGUUCCAGCUUGCAAGUGUGGAAGAACUAUUAUGGUCAUCAAAGCUACUUAUUAUUGUGGAAAUUGUGGGUGCGUUGAUGUGGCAAUUUUGAGCAUUGUAGUGAAGAUGGAUGUUCUAUUUGUGAUGAGUCACCUGAUUCAAUUGUGA